AUGGGCGAGAAUAACCCCAUUAUUCCCGGCUUCGCGCCGGAUCCUUCAGUUGUCCGUAUCGACGACACCUUUUAUCUUGUCAACUCGAGUUUCCAUCUAUUCCCUGGUCUGCCCAUCUUUGCUUCAAAGGAUCUUGUAUCCUGGGAACACAUUGGCAACGCCAUUAACCGGCUGUCUCAGCUUUCCCUGUCGGCAGCUACUACACGGAUUCACCACCUAGAUGGCCCUCCCGGCGAUGUCAUUGUUGAAACAGGAGGCCUCUGGGCUCCAACCAUUCGUCAUCACCGUGGGAGGACAUAUAUCAUCUGCACAAAUAUUUGUCACGUGGAUCCAGAGCUAAAGCCCGGUGAGGAGCCGCCUCAUCCUUCCGAGCUUGUCAAGACAAAGAAUUUCAUCAUCUCCACUGAUGAUAUCGCGUCUGGCCAGUGGAGCGACCCGGUCUAUGUAGACUUCUGGGGUAUUGACCCAGACCUCUUUUUUGAUGAUGACGGUCGAGUCUUUAUCGCUGGAUGUUUAUGGAGCAAGGAUCUUGUGGAGGAGCCCACGAUCCAUGGCAUUGAAAUCAACAUCGAUACCGGCGAGCAUCUUGCACCCCCGAGACUCAUGUGGACUGGCUCAAGCAAGAUUACACCCGAGGGCCCUCACAUCUACAAGCGAGAUGGUUGGUACUACCUCCUCAUUGCCGAGGGCGGAACAUUCGAAGGACAUCAGCUUUCGGCUGCCCGCUCUAGAGACCUCUGGGGGCCGUACGAGGACUGUCCUAACAACCCCGUUCUGGCGCCAAGCCCUGGCAGCAGCGGCUACAAAUAUAUCCAACACAACGGCCAUGGAGAUCUGGUCCAGGGUACGCAGGGCAACUGGUGGAUCGUGUGCCUAGCUGUUCGAAAGGACCAGCAGGGACGAUACGGAAUGGGCCGUGAAACCUUCCUGACGCCAGUCCAAUGGUCUACCGGAGAUUCAUGGCCGGUGAUUCAGCAGCCUAUUGAGUCUUUUCCUCGUAUGGGCAGACAGGAUAACAUUCCCUCUCGCCUGAAUCCCACGGUUGAUUUAGUCUACCUACGCGACCCAGACCUCAGCGCCUAUCAAAUCAGUGACGAUGCUCGACAGGUCACCAUCCGAGCAUCUUCAACUGACCUCUCCGAACCCUCAGCUGCUGUAUCCUUCUUAGGUCGAAGGCAACGCUCUCUUCACGGAGAAGAUCGAGUGGUUCUCGCUGUAGAUCAGGCGGAAUCUUCUUCAGUGAUCGCGGGUCUGGCUUGCUUCAAAGACGAACACCGCUACGCAAGAGUCUUUUAUGACUUUUCCGACCAUUCUGUCCACUUUGAAGUCAAGAAUACCGGGAGAGCAAAGACUAUAUGCAAUCGUACCCAAGUCGCCUCGCUAAAGGACAUGGGAAAUCCAACAGGCGCCUUUAACAUUCACUUCAGGUUGAUGUACUCGGAGUCAAACCUUGAUUUCACGUGGAUGACUGAGCACCCCGAGACAGGAGACACCGGCUGGAUCGGGACUUUACUGGUCCUUGGGACGCCGAUUACGAGUGCACCUUUAGGGAUAUUUCAAUCUGUAUAA